CGCACAAUGGAGGCCUUUGGCCGCUCUCUCCUCUUCCUCCUCCUCUUCUCUUUCUCACUCUCCGAUGCCCUCUCCGACGUUGAAGUCGCCACCAUCGCUCGUCGCCAACUCGCCGCCCUCUCUGAGAACCAAGGCCAGCUCCCAAAGGACCUCGAGUUUGACAUCAAGAUCGGCAUUCGGAUCGCCAACCCUCGCCUCCGUCGCGCCUACGUCGCCCUCCAAGCUUGGAAGGACGCGAUCUACUCUGACCCCAAGAACUUCACCGGCGACUGGGUUGGCCCUGAUAUAUGCAGCUACAACGGCGUUGUAUGCGCCUCUGGGCUCGAUGACUCCUCUGUUAAUGUCGUUGCCGGCGUCGACCUCAACGGAGGCGAUAUCGCUGGGUACCUCCCCGCCGAGCUUGGCCUCCUGAAUGAUACCGCUCUGUUCCACAUCAAUUCGAACCGCUUCUGCGGCGUCAUCCCGGAGAGUUUCUCCCAACUCAAGAUCCUCCACGAGUUCGACGUCAGCAACAACCGGUUCGUCGGCCCAUUCCCUAAGGUCGUCCUUCAGCUUUCGUCGCUCAGGUAUCUUGAUCUCCGGUUCAACGACUUUGAGGGCGCUCUGCCGCCGGAGCUCUUUGACAAGGACCUCGAUGCCAUAUUCUUGAACGACAACCGCUUCACCUCUGGCAUUCCGGAGAACUUCGGCAAUUCCAAGGCCUCCGUCGUCGUGCUCGCCAACAACCAGCUCGGCGGCUGCAUUCCGAGGAGCAUCGGAAAUAUGGGAGCCACGCUCAAUGAGCUCGUCAUUCUUGACAAUGGCCUCACCGGGUGCUUGCCGCUGGAGAUGGGGCUGUUAGGUAAUGCGACGGUGGUGGACGUCAGUCGAAAUUCUCUCACCGGAGUACUGACGGCGAAGAGCUUUGAGGGGAUGAGCAAGUUGAAACAACUAGAAGUGUCGCAUAACAUCCUGACGGGGGUCGUUCCGGCAGGGCUCUGCAAGCUGCCCGAUCUCGCAAGCUUCGGAUUUGCAUACAAUUUUUUCAAGGGGGAGGCAGAGGAGUGCGUGCCGUCGACGAAGUCCAGGGUGGCGUAUAAUGAUUCGAGCAACUGCCUCUCCGGAAGGCCCGGGCAGAAGUCGUCGAGGUUGUGCACUCCGGUGGUGAAUCAUCCUGUGGAUUGUACUCGCUCCAAGUGCGGAUGGCCGGCCGCUAACAAAUCGUCACCUCCGGUGAAACCCAACGCGCCGCCUGAAAGCCCAACUGCAAAGUUGCCGCCGCCGGUACCACGUGGUGCUUCUCCGGUGACACGUUUCCGCUCACCACCCCCACCGUCGAUGGUGAGCUCACCGCCGGUACCUCCAUCUCUUCAUUCUCCACCACCACCUGUAUAUUCACCACCGCCGCCAGUCUACUCGUCGCCACCUCCACCACUUCAUUCCCCGCCGCCGCCACCAGUAUCUUCACCACCCCCGCCUAUCAACUCGCCGCCACCACCAGUUCACUCCCCUCCUCCGCCGAUCUACUCACCACCACCACCACCAAUCCACUCCCCUCCUCCUCCUCCUCUCUACUCACCACCACCACCACCCAUCUACUCACCACCACCACCAAUCCGCUCCCCGCCUCCUCCUCUCUACUCACCACCACCCCCCGUCUACUCACCGCCACCUCCACCAGUAAAUUCACCACCACCACCACCACCCGUCUACUCGCCGCCGCCGCCACCAAUCCAUUCACCACCACCACCCCCCGUCUACUCGCCGCCACCUCCACCAGUCCAUUCACCGCCGCCCCCAACACCUAUCUACUCCCCACCUCCACCGGUCUACUCCCCGCCACCUCCCAUCUACUCUCCACCUCCUCCAAUCAGCUCCCCUCCACCACCAACCUAUUCUCCGCCUCCACCACCAAAAGCUUCUCCCCCGCCACCGCCUAUCUUUUCUCCUCCUCCCCCAGUUGCUUCUCCACCACCGCCAGUCUCACAGACUUAUCCUCCUCCACCCACUCCCACCACCGCUUCUCCACCGACUAACAAUGACUUCCUUCCACCUGUCGGCGGAUUGAGCUAUGCAUCACCACCCCCGCCAAUUUACGAAGGGUACAAUUAG